AUGACAAUGAAGUUUCUUUCUAAAGUCGUAAUGAUCACUGUUUUUGGGGCUGUUCUGCUGUCAAUCAUUUUGAGGGAGACCUUCGAUGCAGGCUCCUUGCGGGGGACCAGGGUGCUGGUGACGGGUGCCAGUGCGGGAAUCGGGGAGCAGAUGGCGUACCAUUUUGCCCGCUAUGGCGCCCAAAUCGUCAUCACGGCGCGGAGAGAGAGCGCCCUGCGACAGGUGGCAGAGACGUGCGCGGGUUUGGGAGCACCGAGAGCCUUCUACGUACCGGGGGACAUGGCAAACCACUCUGAUCCAGCCCGAGUGGCCCGGUUUGCUGUGGACAAACUGGGGGGACUGGACUACCUUGUGCUGAAUCACGUGGGAUCUAGCGCCUAUGCAAUGUGGGAUGGAGGUGUGGAGCAUACCCGAUGGCUGCUUCAGGUGAAUUUUCUCAGCUAUAUGCAGAUGACAACAGCAGCUUUGCCCGCCCUGAAGCAGAGUGGAGGAGCUGUUGUCGUCGUGUCCUCAAUGUUGGGAAAAAUGUGCACACCGUUUGUGGCACCCUACUCUGCCACCAAGUUUGCGGUGAACGGGUUCUUCGGGACACUGCGUCACGAGCUGGCCAUGCAGAGGACCAACGUGUCCCUGACCAUCUGCACCCUCGGGCUGAUCGACACUGAGUCUGCCAUGGAGAAAGUCAGGGGUCACAUCAGCAUGACCGCCUAUCCCGCCACAGAAGCUGCUCUGCAGAUCAUAAAAGCUGGGGCGACCCGUCAGAGAGACAUGUUCUACCCCUGGUACACCUUCUACGCCACCCUGUUCAGGGACUGGUUCCCCUAUUAUAGCGACACGGUGAUCAGGAACUCAUUCGUUUAUGAACCUUGAUCGAAUUCCCUCUUGUCUAAAUGUAAUGUAAAUGCAUGCCUUCAUUAAAAAAUUUAAAUGUAACUGUUAGGUUAAGGUUGACCAAGCACACACGGCUCAUUUACAGCAAUUCAACUGUAGGUUGAGAAAUAUAUAUAUUUUUUUAAAUAUUAUCUUAAAUUAAUCUUGAAUGUGAAUGCAAAGCCAACUGAAUGAGCAGGAAAAGCCGCUGGAACUGGCCACACGGCGACGGUCCUCAUCGUUACGUCAUCUUUUAAGACACGUCACAGGCAUAUGGAAAGAGAACGUUCCAGAUUGCAUUAUCUAUA